GGGAAACCAUGUAAAUGCCCCGCGAAGAACAAAAUAAAGCUCAUAAUUUUUGUUUUUAUUUUGUUAUCAUAAGCUCCCGAGAAGGAGUAAAAGAGCUGAAGAAGAAAGUCCGUCAUUUCUUCAUUAAGAGUAUUCGGCCUACGGUCCAUUUUUGAGUGUGGUUUGGGGAUACGGAGGAUUAUCAGAUGGCUGAUAUGAAGAAAGGUGCCAGGGGAAGAGUGAAAUGGGAUGAAGAUAACUUGGGGGAAAUCGAGGCAACUAAACCCGUGAGGCAGAAAAUAACUGAACCGAAGACACCUUAUCAUCCAAUGAUUGAUGAUGAAGGAUCAUUAUCUCCUAUUAGAAGCGGAAGUUUCGAAGAUGGUUUGGAGGACGCAAUGCAUGCAGAAGCCAUCCGUUCAGCAUUGAAUGAUGUAGCUUCCUCCAGCAAAACUAACUCGCAUCAAUCUGGCUGGAGUACAUCUGAAGAUGAGGCAGAUGCAAUGGAACAAGAUGGAGAAGGUUCCGACUUUGAGAGACACAGGAGCUUUAGGGAGCACAGGAAAGCUCACUACGACGAGUUUCGCAAGGUCAAAGAACUUCUGCGCCAGGGCUCCUUUCUUGAAGAUGAGUCUGAUGAGGAGACAAAGGCCAAUGGUAAGAAAGACAGGCAAUGUGUUUCAUCGUCAUCCAUAACUGAUGGUGCGGAAGACAUCGACGUUGAGAAACCAUCAAAGCCAGCAAAUGGAUCUUAAAUCUUAAUACCUGUCAUGCCACAUCAUCAUACCGUGCCUUUCUGUUGCCGUCGUCACUGUGGUUUUGCAGCUUACUUGCUACUCUUUCAGAUUUUGCAACUUGUACAUAGACAUCUGAAUGGACCCUUAACAUUUGAUAACAGAACCUUUCACAGUCUGUUCUUGGAACUCUAGUUUUUGCUGUGCUUGUUCAAUAAAACAGUGUGUUCUUGAGCGUCCUGUUCAUGAUGCAAUUGAUGCCAAGGAUCUUUUAUAUUA